GUCUCCUCCCCGCCCCCCGGAGCCGACGAGUGGCGGCGGCGGCCCCAGGUCCCGGGUCCCUCAGACAAGAGGGCGGGUGGAGGAGGAAGCGGCCGAGCCCAGAAUCCUGCUCCGGCGCCGCCGAGCACCGCCCGCCUCAGCCGACCAGCCCCGUCGGCUACUGAGCCUCGCCGAGACGAGAGGAGGGAAAAGCCUCGGAAGCCGCGAGAAAGCGGCAGGGGCGCGGGCGGAGGCGGCGCGGGCGGCCGCGGCUGCCGCUUUGUUGUGCGGCCCGGGCCGAGGAAGGAGAAGUGGGAGGAGGGGGAGCUCGGCGUCCUGCUCCCUCCGCGGCUCAUGGCGACGACUCUCGGCACAUCCGGGACCCUCCGGCCGUGGCGGCCGCGGCGCCGGCUGCUCGGGCCCCAGCCCCGGCCGCUGUGGUGACUCCGCCGCGCCUCGCCGUCGCCCCCGUCCCCGUCCCGCCCGCCGCCCCCGCCGCCGGGGACAUGUCUAACCCCGGAGGCCGGAGGAACGGGCCCGUCAAGCUCCGCCUGACAGUACUCUGUGCAAAAAACCUGGUGAAAAAGGAUUUUUUCCGACUUCCUGAUCCAUUUGCUAAGGUGGUGGUUGAUGGAUCUGGGCAAUGCCAUUCUACAGAUACUGUGAAGAAUACGCUUGAUCCAAAGUGGAAUCAGCAUUAUGACCUGUAUAUUGGAAAGUCUGAUUCAGUUACGAUCAGUGUAUGGAAUCACAAGAAGAUCCAUAAGAAACAAGGUGCUGGAUUUCUCGGUUGUGUUCGUCUUCUUUCCAAUGCCAUCAACCGCCUGAAAGACACUGGUUAUCAGAGGUUGGAUUUAUGCAAACUUGGGCCAAAUGACAAUGAUACAGUUAGAGGACAGAUAGUAGUAAGUCUUCAGUCCAGAGACCGAAUAGGCACAGGAGGACAAGUUGUGGACUGCAGUCGUUUAUUUGAUAAUGAUUUACCAGACGGCUGGGAAGAAAGGAGAACCGCCUCUGGAAGAAUCCAGUAUCUAAACCAUAUAACAAGAACUACGCAAUGGGAGCGCCCAACACGACCGGCAUCCGAAUAUUCUAGCCCUGGCAGACCUCUUAGCUGCUUUGUUGAUGAGAACACUCCAAUUAGUGGAACAAAUGGUGCAACAUGUGGACAGUCUUCAGAUCCCAGGCUGGCAGAGAGGAGAGUCAGGUCACAACGACAUAGAAAUUACAUGAGCAGGACACAUUUACAUACUCCUCCAGACCUACCAGAAGGCUAUGAACAGAGGACAACGCAACAAGGCCAGGUGUAUUUCUUACAUACACAGACUGGUGUGAGCACAUGGCAUGAUCCAAGAGUGCCCAGGGAUCUUAGCAACAUCAAUUGUGAAGAGCUUGGUCCAUUGCCUCCUGGAUGGGAGAUCCGUAAUACGGCAACAGGCAGAGUUUAUUUCGUUGACCAUAACAACAGAACAACACAAUUUACAGAUCCUCGGCUCUCUGCUAACUUGCAUUUAGUUUUAAAUCGGCAGAACCAAUUGAAAGACCAGCAGCAACAGCAAGUGGUAUCGUUAUGUCCUGAUGACACAGAAUGCCUGACAGUCCCAAGGUACAAGCGAGACCUGGUUCAGAAACUAAAAAUUUUGCGGCAAGAACUUUCCCAACAACAGCCUCAGGCAGGUCACUGCCGCAUUGAGGUUUCCAGGGAAGAGAUUUUUGAGGAAUCAUAUCGACAGGUCAUGAAAAUGAGACCAAAAGAUCUCUGGAAGCGAUUAAUGAUAAAAUUUCGUGGAGAAGAAGGCCUUGACUACGGGGGGGUUGCCAGGGAAUGGUUGUAUCUCUUGUCACAUGAAAUGUUGAAUCCAUACUAUGGCCUCUUCCAGUAUUCAAGAGAUGAUAUUUAUACAUUGCAGAUCAAUCCUGAUUCUGCAGUUAAUCCGGAACAUUUAUCCUAUUUCCACUUUGUUGGACGAAUAAUGGGAAUGGCUGUGUUUCAUGGACAUUAUAUUGAUGGUGGUUUCACAUUGCCUUUUUAUAAGCAAUUGCUUGGGAAGUCAAUUACUUUGGAUGACAUGGAGUUAGUAGAUCCAGAUCUUCAUAACAGUUUAGUGUGGAUACUUGAGAAUGAUAUUACAGGUGUUUUGGACCAUACCUUCUGUGUUGAACAUAAUGCAUAUGGUGAAAUUAUUCAGCAUGAACUUAAACCAAAUGGCAAGAGUAUCCCUGUUAAUGAAGAAAAUAAAAAAGAAUAUGUCAGGCUCUAUGUGAACUGGAGAUUUUUACGAGGCAUUGAGGCUCAAUUCCUGGCUCUGCAGAAAGGAUUUAAUGAAGUAAUUCCACAACAUCUGCUGAAGACAUUUGAUGAGAAGGAGUUAGAGCUCAUUAUUUGUGGACUUGGAAAGAUAGAUGUUAAUGACUGGAAGGUAAACACCCGGUUAAAACACUGUACACCAGACAGCAACAUUGUCAAAUGGUUCUGGAAAGCUGUGGAGUUUUUUGAUGAAGAGCGACGAGCAAGAUUGCUUCAGUUUGUGACAGGAUCCUCUCGAGUGCCUCUCCAGGGCUUCAAAGCAUUGCAAGGUGCUGCAGGCCCAAGACUCUUUACCAUACACCAGAUUGAUGCCUGCACUAACAAUCUGCCGAAAGCCCACACUUGCUUCAAUCGAAUAGACAUUCCGCCCUAUGAAAGCUAUGAAAAGCUGUAUGAAAAGCUGCUAACAGCCAUUGAAGAAACAUGUGGAUUUGCUGUGGAAUGAUGAGCUUCAAGGAUUUACCCAGGACUCUAUUUAUACAACCCUGACUGACAGCCUCCUUUCAGCAGAGUUUCAAAGAAUAUGCUGAAAUACAGGAAAACACCCCCCCCCCCCCUUUUUUUUUUUUUUUUUUACAUUUUAGGACACUGUGAGGGGAAAGGACAAUUUUGAAAUUCCUUUUCAAGGAAAAAAAAGGUCUUUAUGCUUUGCCAUGAGGCCACAUUCAGCUGCUAUUUAAACUUAAUAUCUUGAACCUAAAGAAUGCUGACUUUUCCUACAUUUCCAGAGUUAGGCAGUAUUCUACACUUAAAGACUACUACUAUUUUUAUAAAAGGUGAUCUAUUCAAAUUGCUUCACAGAUUUCAAGUCUCUCAAACAUCAAGACAACUUCAGCAGUCGGUACAAGUCACAUUUCAUUUUGAUUGAAUACAUGAUUUUGAACAGCUCCUGUACUUGCUCUUUGUAAAAAAAUAAAAUUAUUUUGAAUUAUUCUACCUUUGUAAA